AUGAGAUUCCUCACAAUCCUCCCCUUGCUCGCAGCUCUAGCUACAGCAAGCCCAAACAUCAUCCCUCGUACCAUCCCAACAACGCUCUCAGUCGAGAACUUCAUCCGCAACUGCAGCAUCGUCGAUACCUGCGAUUACAAAUUUACAAUUGACUAUGCUCCUUACGGAAAGGGCAGUUGCACUAUUCACGAUGUCAAAGUGAAGGAUGGAAAGGAUGUUACUUUGAAGGAAUUUUUCGGGGUUGGUUGUAUUGAGAAUCCUCAAACCUGGGAAAUCUCCUGGGGAUGGAACUACGAUCAAGACUUCACCGUCAUGACUGUUGUCAACAAACCCAACAACUAUCGAGGUUACUUCGGCUACAGCCAUCCUAAUGCUGGUUUGCCCGUUGUGGCAUACUCGGAUAUCAGUCAACCUGUUAUCAAGAAAUCGGAGCCAUUCUCGAUUAAAUUCGCACCAUGCCGCGGUUGUGCUUGA